AUGCAACUUAGGCGAAUUGGACCCGACGAUUUUCCCGGGUUAAAAGGAAUAUUUGAGAUAUUAAGCAAGGACAUACAAAAAGCAAAGAAUAGGAAAUAUGCAAAGAGUUUUUAUCCAAAAAUGGCAGUCUUUGGUGGCUCUAUUUUAUAUAUUAUGAAACGAUGUCGAAUAUCAAAGAUGCGUUUCGACAAGGAUUGGUUCAAGUUGGAACAUGCUGAAUCCAUAAUGGUAUAUGUUAUUGAUUUGGUACACCACCCAUACAAUUUCGGACUUACCUUUUCAGAAAAGAUGCUCAUGGUCAUCGAAAGAAUAAUGGAGUUCAUCGAACAUUACAUAUCAAAAAUUAAAAAGAUCUCUGACCAAGGUUUCUCAUUAAUUUCGAUUCGUUGUAAUGACAAUGAGUCAUUAGCAUUACUCGAUACUUGUUUGUGUAUAAAUGAUCAAAUAACAAUCAUUUAA